AUGGCCAAAGCGUUUAGCCUCUACACGAGGGGCGUCGCCUCUGGUAGCGCAUUGAAAUCCAUCAGGGGCUCGAAUUUUACUAGUGACGUCGCGAGGCCGCGGUCUUCGUUGCUGCGGCGGCGCCCUGCCUGCCAUUGGCCCUGGACGCCGCUUCUCCGCCGCCGCCGCCGCCGCCGCCGCCAACUCCACCACCACCACCGCUCCGCCUCCGCCGUUGUCCCCGCCGCCGCCGCCGCCGCCGUCGGCGUCGCUGCCGCGGUUGCUUCUCGCCGGUCGCGCGCGCUUGCUUCAGUUUUGUUCGCGGUGCUCUCCGACUACGACCCCCGCAGCGGCCGCCGCUUGAGUCAGCCGACGCACUCCGGACGACGAUGUGGUGACAGGUGGACCCGCAAGAUCUUCUGGACGGGCUACCGCCGGGAGUUGGAAGAAGCUGAUCUGUACAACCCUAUGCUGGAGGACCAAUCCGAGGUCCUGGGCGAUCGUCUUGAAGGGACGUGGCGCGCCGAGGUGGCGCGCGCCAAGACAACCGGCCGCAUGCCCAGCCUGCUGCGCGCCAUCUUCCGCGCCUUCUGGCUGCAGUACCUGCUGUUCGGCGCGGUGCUCGCCGUGCAGUGUCUCGUCAUCAGCGAGGACUCGGAAAUGACCCUGGGGGAGGCUUACGCGACGGCGGGGGGCAUGGUGGCCACCGUGUACUUCCUCAUCUGCUUCCAACACCACUACACCAUGGGCACCGCGCUCAUCGGCAUGCGCGUGCGCGUCGCCUGCUGCUCUCUGCUCUACCGCAAGGUGCUGCGCCUGUCGCGCGCUGCCAUGGACCAGACGGCCACCGGCCAAAUCGUCAACCUGAUGAGCAACGACGUGUCCCGCUUCGACCUGGCCCCGCAGUACCUGCACUGGUUCUGGAUCUCCAUCAUCCAGGUGCCCAUCGUCACCUACUGCUUGUGGCGCUACGUGGGGCCCGCCGCGCUUAUCGGCUUCACCUUCAUUUUCUUCGUUACCAUUCCCGUGCAAGGUCUGCUGGGCCGCGUGACCUCUCGGCUGCGCAAGCGCAUCGCCGUGCGCACUGACGAGCGCAUGCGCCUCAUGAACGAGAUCGUGUCGGGCAUCGCCGUCAUCAAGAUGUACGCCUGGGAGAUCCCCUUCGCCAAGAUGGUGUCGCUGGCUCGCAAGUACGAGAUCGACGUGGUGACGUGCAUGUCGUACGUGCGCGGCUACUACCUCUCGUCGCUGGUGUUCGUGGAGCGCUCCUCGCUCUUCGUCACGCUCAUGUCCUACACUCUGCUCGGCAACACCAUCUCCGCCCACAAGGUGUUCGCCAUGGCGCAGUUCUACAACGUGCUCAACCAGACCAUGGCCUCCUUCUACUCGCUGGCCGUGGCCAACGCCGCCGAGACCUACGUCACCGUCCAGCGACUGCAG